GAAUCAUUAUGGAAGUCUGAAAAUUUUGACUUGCAGCACUUCUGGAAAAGUCUAGGAUAAAGAACCAACUGUCAGAAGAUUGCGGUUGAAAGAAUAUAGAGGAAAGUAGUUUGUUCCACUAACAGUAAUCGUUCUCGCUUUUUGGUUUUUCAGUUUAGAACAUUAUUAGUACCUUUCCUGUGCCAACAUUUGUGGCAAUACCACAUGUCCUAUGAUUGACCAGCACAUUGGUGAGUGCUUCAAAGCAAUAUCACAUGAAGCAACGAAGCUAAGUCUGGCCUUUUCAAAACCACCCUUACCAUCUGUACAGGACUGUCAGAAACUCACUGCAGACUUUCAGAAGAAUGUCCUUAAUUUAACCACUGUGUAUUAUUGGUUACCCAAGAGCCAAGGUGUAACUCUACGACGAUUAGUUCGAGAUGCCACAGUGGACGUAGUGGAGGGAGUCAUUCAGCUUUUAAAUGUGAUACUGAGCACACCCCUUCAAAGUUUAUCACAGGGCCAGCUGACAUCCACAGGGGGAGUUUGGGAAGCAUGUGACAGGUUUUCUAAAUUGCCAAAAGAUAACCAGGCAGCUGUUUUAUCACUGAUGUUGUCAUAUGCAGCUAUUGUGGAAGAUGCUUUGGAAGAAAUGGAACAGGCUCAGCAUGCAGACAAUCCAGAUCCAUUCAGUGAUAUUUUUGACGAUGCAGACACUCGAGAAAAUCGGGACACUUACUGGUCAGAAGCGGACAAGCAGGUCAUGGCUCCUUGCUUGGGACUAGUAAAAGCAGCCAAAGCAUGUUUGAAAAAGGUCUCUGCAGCAAUGAAAACUCAUGGGAAGGUAGACAGCUUGCAACACAUAACGCAGUUGGAUGAUUUGGGUGACAUUACCAGUGAAAUUAGCCCCAGUGUUGAUGAAUUGGUCUUGAGUCUUUAUCCUCCAAUGGACCACGUAACUGUGCAGAUGAAUGCUGCAAAUGUCACUAUGGUCUUGAACAAAGUUCUGGAAAUAGCCAAGUCUAGUCACGUGUGCCCUGAAUCUGAGAACAGCUGGUUGCAAUUUCUAAGUGGAGCAAUUGAACACAAUAUGGAUAAAGUGAAGGAUUUAACACAAGGCAGUACGUAAAUUUUCUAUAGUGCUGUUAGGAGCAAUCAUAGACUACAGAAGAAUGUUUAAGAAACACAAGGCAUUGAAUAAAAAUUGUGAACAUUUUAA